AUGGGUUUGCUUCGAAGAAAUAGUUUGAACAUUGGCAAAUGGUUUCCGGCCGGUGGUACGGCAACGCCGCCAACUACCGUUGUCACGCCCACGACCGGAACCAAUGGUCCAGCGCGCGCCAGUUUCGGCAGCUCGGUCGCCAUCCAGAAGCUGCGCGAAAGCAAGUGGUUCGAUGCCGGCGAGGAGCGCAUCUUUUGCGCCGUGAUCGAGAACGGGUUCAUCGUGGAAGUCCGGCCCCAGUCGGCGAACCCCGGCGACAGCUGGUUCGGCGUGGUGUCCAUCGAGCAGAAGAAGUCUCCCAAACCUACCGCCGAAUGUAUCAAAAUAUAUUCCGUACGCAUGAAGGAAAAUGAGAAAAAGCCGAUGAAAGUGUACUGCGUCGCAUUGUCUAAUCUUUGGCAGCAAGGGCAUCAGUUGCGGAUUAACAAUGUGGCCGACCGUACGAAGAAACCCCAUCCGGAGAAAGACAUUUUAGCUCAGAUAAAAUAUGCCUCGAAAUGCCAAAUGGCGUUCCACAACAGUCAACAUUUUGCCGAAUUUUGUCGAUACGGUGACCGACCGCAGGACAGCCGGAAACGACAAAUUUCAGACUGCGCCAAAUGGGGUGGUAUCAAUAUGGGGGCAACGCUCAUUUUCAUGGAAAUGCAGAAGAAGCAAAAGUCACUGUCGCACUAGUGCAGUGUGCAGAG